AUGCAGUACGUCCGAAGUCUUAGUGGUUCGGUGUCAAAGACAUGGAACUCAAUCAAUCCUGCCACUUUGAGUGGAGCUAUUGAUGUGAUUGUCAUAGAGCAGGAAGAUGGUACCCUUGCCUGCUCGCCCUUCCAUGUCCGCUUCGGCAAGUUCUCUCUUCUCCGUCCAUUUGAGAAAAAAGUGGAGUUCAACGUCAAUGGCGUCAAACAAGAUUAUGCCAUGAAGCUCGGAGAGGGCGGCGAAGCUUUCUUUGUGUUUGAGACUACCGACGAAAUCCCCGCAUCCUUGCAAACAUCCCCGUUAGUCUCUCCAGCUAGCAGUCCAACAGUACCGAUCGAAGAUAUUGCGUCAUCGCUACAGGAACCGGACUAUUUAGACUUGGAGAGAACCGGAGAUGCUGUUUCCGAGGGUGCGAAAACUCCGCCGACGAUUAUAACGUCCCGGCAGUCGCGGGCUACAACAGAUUUAGGUACUAUAACACCCUUGUCAAGAUCUCCCAACGACUCGGACCUAAGUCCUCAGCAACAUGAUGCGUUCAAUGCCCCAAGAAAACCAUCACUCGAACACUCCGUCUCCGAUAAUGCGCUAUCCACUAGUCUCCCCCGAGCUCAAACCGAGAAUCUGGGGUCUUCUCCAAGUGGGUCAGCUAAUGAGGAGGACCUUGAAGAUCGCGCUCGCUCUCGUAGCCCGCCUCCUUUGUCCGUGGAAGAGGCUAUGUCUCGUGCCAUGUCUCUGUCCAAGAAACUUGGAGGUUCCAAUAUCCAGUCACAUGUCACAGAAACAGGAGAUCUCAUGCUAGAUAUGACCGGUUAUAAAAGUAACGAGGAAGAUGCUCUCCGCGCAGAGGUCCUUGCGCGCAGAAUUCUAGCUGAAGAGUUAGAAGGGAGUUAUGAUAUCGGUGCGCUCAUUGGGGCUGAUGAGCAUGGGAAUCUGUGGAUAUACAGCAGUGAAGAGGCCAAAGAAAUGGCAAAUCGGAGAGCAGUUAUCAACUCUAUGCGACCCAACACAGCCCUGAGUGACGACGCAAUUUCAGACCCGGGUUAUCACAGCGAGGGUGAUGACCAUGCUACUUUGGAGCCGACAAUGGGGGUCCGUCAUCAUCGAACUAAGUCAGAUGUCCAGCCGGGAUUUCCAACGCCCCCUCAUUCUCCUUUACAAGACUCGUUCGCCGCUGAAACCCGAAACUAUGCCAAGACGCUGAGAUUGACGAGUGAUCAGCUCAAAGCACUACAGCUGAAGCCAGGAGGUAACACCAUGUCUUUUAGCGUCAACAAAGCAACCUGCUCAGCAUAUAUGUAUUUGUGGAAUGGAAACACGCCCAUCGUGAUCUCCGAUAUUGACGGAACAAUUACCAAGUCGGAUGCUUUGGGGCAUGUGCUGAAUAUGAUUGGACGAGAUUGGACUCACACCGGAGUAGCUAAAUUAUACACCGACAUCGUGAACAAUGGCUAUAAUAUCAUGUAUCUGACUAGUCGAUCUGUCGGGCAGACUGAUACAACCCGGGCAUAUCUCCAUGGCAUUUGCCAGGAUGGAUAUCGACUCCCUAAGGGCCCUGUGAUUUGCAGUCCGGAUCGUACCAUGGCGGCACUCCGGCGAGAGAUCUAUCUUCGAAAGCCGGAAGUCUUCAAAAUGGCUUGUCUUCGAGACAUCCUUAACUUAUUCAAUGGAAAAGAGAACCCUUUCUAUGCUGGGUUUGGCAAUCGAUUGACUGAUGCCCUGAGUUAUCGUUCGGUCAACAUUCCUUCGACUCGCAUCUUUACGAUCAACUCAAACGCAGAGGUGUCACUCGAUCUACUCAGUCUCAACAAAUAUAAGAGCAGCUAUGUGACCAUGCAAGAACUGCUUGAUCAUUUUUUCCCACCUACCAGCCUUUUGGUGCAAUCAGGCGGCGAAGAGUACACCGACUUCGCUUAUUGGCGAGACGCGCCACAGGAUUUGUACGAUUUCUCUGCCACGGACACCGAAGAUGAAGAUGAAGACGAAGAAAAUGACGAACCAUUCGAUGAUGAAGAUGUGGCAGAUGAAGAUGAAGAAGCGGACGAGGAGGAUUAUGCCGACGAACUCAGUGAAGGCGAGGAGUACGAUGAGGGAGGUACCGACCUUGAGGCUAGCUAUAUUUCACAAGGAUCAGCUUUAUCCAACCCGGCAGGCUCGAUCGUGGAGUCUGUGGAGGGAGAUCAGGACUUAGAUGUCGGAUCUGAGGAAGAGGAGGCUCUACCAGAACUGGAUGAACCUACUGGUACCAUAUCUCUCCCAAUUCGUCCCAAAUCUCAACAAGAGAACUGA